GGAGCAAUACUACAAUACACUAAAGGAUCCACCUAAAAACAACUAGGAUAUUAUAGUCGUUUCGAAUGAGAUUUGUACAAAGGACCGCCACAGUGUACUGGAACGCGUACUUCACGAUGUCACUCAGAGAAUGACAGCUUUUUUUAUUCCAAGAACUCAGCUUCAUGGUACGAAACUGAGACGCGAGCAUUGGAUUUACGUGAAAUUUUUUAAUUCUGUGAAGCGUCUGGGCUGCUUGUGAAGAAGGAGUAAUCCCACUGGAGCUUUGUGUCAAAGAUGAAAAGAUCGCGAUGCGUUUAGUUGGACCGGUACACACUUUGAACCCUUUUCAAAUUUUUCAAUCGUGCAACUAGACCUCCUUUCACUGCUUGUACUGGAAAUUUUUCAUGCUCUUGGGCUGAAUCCGCAUCGGCCUUUUCUAGCCUCCGCGGGUUGUCCCUUUUUUUAUCCUUUCGUGCGUAUCUCAGUUCAGGAUCUCUUUGAGAGGUGCCACUGCACGUGUCACCAGGUAGGAGGAACUCACUGACAAACAUCAUUUGUGACUGAGAAGCAUUUUAGGAAAAUUUUAAAUGUGUGACGAUGCACAGACUAUUUGUCAAACUUCUACUAUAGCUAUUUUCUAUUUUUAUCCCCUCCCUAUUUUUAUCCCAUUUGAAAUUUAGAUACUGCGAUAACUUUCAUUGUAUUCACUUUACUUAUAGACAUAAAAAUAAUAUUUAUAAAAGCCUUGGAAAGAAGUGGACUAAAGCAAUGAUACCAUUAAAACCCUUUACACAAAAGCAGUGUAAAAGUAAUAAUUUUAGGGCUCUUCUCCGGCGGUCGCCUAUCGUUGGAUUAAUCGGCACACUUUUCAUAGUCCUUUGGCUAUUUUACGUUGGUGAUUCGAAACCGAUCUCCUCUGAACCCUUGGUACUUUCCAAAGAUGACUUGCAGGAUAUCUUUGUUCGAACCACAGGGCCUCGCGUCAUUAUCUUCAUUAUGAGUGAUAAAAUUGAUGAUACGCUUUGCUAUUCAGUGGGCUCAGCCUACCUAAGCGGGUUUCCCGUGAUGGUAGCCGGCUAUCAAAUGCCGUUCAAUGGGCUUUCAUCUAAGCUCGACUUCGCGGAAAGUGCCAUCAAGAAUGCGCAGCUGAAUCCGGACGAUGUUGCCAUUAUAAUGGAUUCCGACACGGUUUUUACAGGUGUAGACAUUCAUCUCUUUAUCGAUCGUUUCAUUGCGCAGUCUGCCGCGACGCCGGAGGAGCUGGACGCACUGGCUGUUAGGCAAGACCGUGCGAUGGCACCGAUCGUAGCGCUAGCGGAGGAUUGUUGCUGGGCACCGAAUUCAUACUUUGACCAUGAGGAUUGUAGAGUUAGCUAUGAAGUGGUUUAUGAAAAGGUUCGUGGGCACGCGGCCGCACACCCUGAGCAUAAGCUUGUUUUGCCUUUUGACCAAUCCCCAUAUCGCCAUCUCAACUCUGGUGUUAUAAUAGCCCGUGUGUGGGCAUACAGGGAAUAUCUCGAGAAGGCUAAAAAGUUAACGGAGACACACAUACCACCAUAUAGUUCCCAGAGAGGAUGGUAUUGCGAUCAGUCCAUCAUUUCACGCUUUCAUCUGAAUCUUUUAACGUGGGAAGUUGAGCAGGACGUUUUCUCGAUGCCGUUGCAUGGGCGGCAGGCGGCGCGGUCCACUUACGGUAUCCGCGCCGGUUUCCUCGGGUUAGACUACGCCAAUGCGCUUUCGGUGGUUAUUGCGCACAAAUAA